AUGGUGAAUCAAUUUAAUAUUCACUCUAUCAAAUUGAAAAGUAGUGAAGCAAUUAAAAGAGAUGAACAACGUAAUUUUAGUGAAGCACUGAAGCAAUAUGGUGCUUGUAUGCUUUCACUUGGACAAUUAUUGAAGGAAGAUAACUUGGCAGAGGAAUUGAAAUCAAAUGCACAAACAUUUAAACAAGUUUCUCAAGCUUUAAAGAUUUGUAAAAUGUGCUUUGAAAGAGUUUCCGAUAUUGUGGACAAGGAAAUACCAAAUUCUUCUUCAGGUGGCAAUACUUUGACUCCUAAUAAUUCAUUUGGUAUUGGAGUUACCGGAAAUUCAAAUCUAUCAACUUCAAUGAUUAAUAUACCAAGUAGUGGUUUCAAUUCUUCAUCUUCAUCAUCUUUACAACAAAUACCAACCUCUAUGAAUUCAUCCUUCCAUUUCUCCAAUAGAUCUUCCAUUACUUCAACAACAAGCAACACACCUAGUGAUGUCAAUUCAUUGAGAUCAUCUAUGACUUUCAAUACACCUCCUCCAAUCAGUAACAACAUGCCAUUCAGUAAUGGCAGUACUAAUCCAUCAGCACCUUCGCUUCCAUCAACAAACUUGCAACCAAAUAUUUCCAAUAAUUCAUCACCAACAAUCUCGCCACAACUUUCAAACUCACCAAUCAUUCAAUCAACACUUAGACAAUCAACAAGCUCUUAUGGAAGAGACUCUUUACAAUCGGCAAUUCAACCACCUUUAGGAACAAUGUCUAAUAGAUCUUCUGUUCAACUUUCUGGACCUGUUAUUGAGUUCCAACCUCCUCCAGGAGCAAUCACUCCAAGAAUUAAUUCUCCUCUCGAUUCGGCAAGAAACCGUGCUUCUGUUUCACUUUCUGAUGUUUCAACAUUUGGUGUUGAUCCUUCGGAGAAGAGAAAGAGUAUCAAAUUGGGAGAGGCCUGGGAUGGAGAAUCUACAACUUUUGAUGGAUCGGAUGGUAAUCCUUGGAAUAAGCUUGUAUCAUCCAAAUUCGUUUCAAUCUAUACAAAGGAGAGAACUUUCAAGACUAGGGAUGAGCUCUUUGAUAGAGAAUUAUCAUUGACAGAAUCCCCUGAAGAUCAAUGGGCCAUGAUUCGUUCACACAUUUCUGAAAUUGCAGAUCAAGUCUCCCAACAUCCAAUUAAUAAUCUAUUAAUUCAUUUUACUCAGAAAUUCAAUGCUGAAUUCCAAAAACAAGAGGAUACAGCCUGGCUUAAUGUAGGAGAGGCAAACAAACAAAUUGCUGACCUUGCAACAGCAAUAGUCAACUCGCUUGAACAAUAUUGGAGCUCACUUCAAAGUAUGGAAUUGAGACAUUACAUUACCAAAGCAUUUGCUGAGGGUGUCAUGAAACGUGUAUAUAGAACUCUUGUCGAAGUCUAUGAAACUCAAAAUCAAAACAAGGAAAUUGAAGGAAAGUUGGAAGAUAUUGGUCCAGUGACAUUUGAUGAUUUAGGAGUGGAUGAUGAGGGAAUACUGAGAUCAGCCGACUUGUUUGAACCUGCCAUUAUUAUUUUAGAUAAUUUAAAUAUUGGAAAGACACCCUAUGCCACUCUUGAUACUCUCGUAAACUUCCACAAAAAGAUUGUUGAAAUUUGUAAUCAAGUUACUGAUUACAGUUCACUGAGUGAUACAACUCUCUACGGCUUACUUUUAUACAUUAUGCAACUCAGUAAUACAAAGAACAUUCCAAGUACAUUAGACCUUGUCCACGACUAUAUUCAAGAAGAAGAAAUGUCAGACGAAGAAAAGACUAUUAUUGAAUUAUUAGAAAACGUCAUUGAUUGGGCAAGUCAAUUUGAAGUGUAA